CUGGUUUUACAUGUACCUCAUUUGAAUUAUAAGCCAUAAUAACCAAGCAGAGAGGUUCAGAUAUAUCACAAUGGGCAGCCAGUCUCGGCCAAUAGCUGCAGCUUAUGGUCCUGAUAUAUGGGGCGACAAAUUCACUUCCAUCCCCAGAGAUUUCGAGUUAUGGGAAGCUUAUUCCAGAGAAAGUGACUUGCUGAAAAAUGAAGUAAGGAGCAUGCUUGUGUCUGCUGGUGGAGAAUGGACAGACAAACUUAUUCUGAUUAAUACAAUUGAACGCUUAGGAGUCGGCUACCACUUCUCUGAGUACAUUGAAGACACGCUGGCUGAAAUGCACAAUGCCCAUGCAAAGAUAGAAUCUUAUGAAAAGUAUGAUCUGUUCACUACAGCACUCUACUUUCGAAUCCUUAGACAGCACGGUCACAGGGUCACGUCAGAGAUAUUUAACAAAUACAAAGAAAUGGAUGGAAAUUUCAAUGAAGCUAUUACAAGAGACCCUAUGGGUUUGCUAAGCUUGUAUGAAGCAGCUCAUUUGAGAACACACGGAGAAGCUUUGUUAGACGAGGCUCUAACUUUCUCGACGUACCACCUCAAGUCUAUGGUGAAAUCUAGGGAUUCUGAUUCAGUAGCUCGGCUUGCCAUGCAUGCACUGGAGCAGCCUUUACACAAGGGCGUCCAGAUACUGGAGGCUAAGCAUUUUAUCUUUUACUAUGAGGAGUGUCCAUCAAGGAAUGAUGUGCUACUCAAGUUUGCGAAGCUAAAUUUUAAUCUGGUGCAAAUGUUGUAUAAGCAAGAAUUAUCCCUUCUCCUAAGGUGGUGGGCGGAUAUAGGCUUCGAAUCCAAACUUCCCAAAUUUCGGAGCAGGGUUGUUGGAGCAUACUUUUGGGCUGUAGGAAGUGCAUAUGAACCUCACUAUGCAUUGGCCCGGAUCAUGUACGCGAAGACUGCUUUGGCCCUUACAUUUAAUAAUGAUCUCUAUGAUGCAUAUGGUAUAAUGGAUGAACUGAACGAAUAUACCAAGGCCAUCGAACGGUUAAGUGUUGAUUGUAUUGAAGGACUUCCCGAGCACUCCAAAAUAUGCUAUACCACGAAUCUGAACAUCAUGAGUGAAUUUGAGGAAGAUAUUGUGAAACAUGGAGGUUAUUAUGAUGUUUCAGAUUUCAAAGAGGAGUUUAAAACAAGUAUGUUAGCAUAUCAUCAAGAGGCUGUGUGGCGUGAAAAGAACUAUGUGCCACCACUUAAAGAAUAUCUUGUGAACGGAGAAGUAUCAUCCUGCUUAAGCGUUCUGGGAAUAUCAGUUAUUAUGGGAAUGGGACAUGCUGACACAAUUCAGGCAUGCAAAUGGGUAAGAACAAUACCAAAAGCUGUUCUCGCCGCAGAAAGGCAGGGACGAAUAAUCAACGACAUAGUCGGCUAUGAGGAUGAACACAACAGGCCACAUGUUGCUACAUCAAUUGAUUGUUACAUGAAGGAAUACGGGGUUUCAAAGGAAGAAGCCGUGGUGAAGCUAUACGAAAUGAUUGAAGACACAUGGAAGGACAUAAAUGAGGAAUUCUUUAGGCCAACAAAAGUCGAAAGUCCUUACAUCACUAUAUUUCUUGAUCAAAUGAGAGUUUUCGGUUUUACCUACAAUAACAGAGAGGGAUACACCCAUACUGAAACAAUGAAGGAUGAUAUCGAGUUCCUCCUCAUGGAUCCCAUAAAAAUAUGAGCUACUGCUUAAUAUUGCGUGUUCAAUAAAGAGUUGCAGUUCUUGAUUCAGUUGUAUUGUGUGUCGCAGUUCUUGAUUCAGUUGUAUUGUGUGUCGUCUAUCUUGUGUUAUUUUAGCCAAAUAAUCAUCAUGCACACUCCGGCAUGGUCUUUUGUGAAUGUGUUGUUUUUAGCAGAGUAAUCAUCUUGCAGACUGAAGCAUCUCUGAAGCAUCUCUUGAGAAAAUGGGAUACCUUACUGCAGGCAGAGCAAUAGAGCAUGCAUUGUAGUAUGUAGCACGUGUUUUUCCAUGCACACUAAAGAAUGGAUUAUUGUAAAAUUGCCGGAUGUUACAGCAUCGUGCAUUGAUAUAUGUAAUAUCAGUUUUUCAA